ACGCAGUGCGCAUUCAUAUAGCACUACACGUGCAUGCCGCAAGUGUGUUUUAUUUUUGUUAAGAGUUUUUAUCAAUUCUCAUUUUUUAUUUAUAAAAAUUGAUGCAAAAGUCACAUAAAGAUGGCCAUACAAACGAAUAAACGAAAAAGAAAACAUGAAGCUGCGGCCGUAGACCAAGUCGACGAUGCCGAAAUAGCGGUACCCAAAAAGGUGCAAAAGGAGUCUGACACGCCAAAACGAAAGGCAAAAGACAGGAAACAUGUUGAGCCAACGAAGGAGCUGCCAGAAGAAGAACCGCAUGGAGAAGAAAAAGAAACAACAAAAAAGAAAAAGAAGAGCAAACACACACAACAGGUAGAUAAGCCAGACGAGGAACUGGAAGAAAGCACUAAUCUACAAGAAGGCCAAGAAGACCAAGAGGAAGAAUAUGAAAGAACAGAUGAAGCAGAGAUUAGUCCCGAUUCGGGCAUUGAGCCAGAAGAGAAACCUCUGCGAUUUCUCAAUGAUUUCAAAAUGAUGAAUUUUCGAAACAAAUUGCUUGGCAAUAAUUUUAUAACAGAGUUGCGGCACUUCCUAUAUAUGUGCCAAAUCCGUCCAAAGAUUGUGGCCAAGUAUAUUGAGAAGCGUGGCAAGCCGUUGGAGCUAGCCGAAGCUUUCAAUCGCAUCGACAAGACCAACGUUCUCCAUUUGGGCUACCUUUGUGAGGCUCUGCAGCGCAUCAUAAUGGAAAUACUCACGAAUCAAAAGGAACACAUGGAAUCGGCUGCGCAUGCUGGCAGAUAUUUUCUCAAAGCUCACGGCUCGCUGUUGGAGCAAUUGUUGCAAUCGGCACAGUUGAGUCAUCGUCGCAAUGCACUCAAAUUGCUGACUGCAAUUGUUUGCGUGGACUCGCAGCUAGGCCGUCAGGUACUCAGCUCCUAUGACAUACUCUCCAACGUGAAGACAAUGGGUGAGAUGCUCUCACAUUCGAAGCACGAUUACAAAAACGAGGAUACAGUACGUAAAGCGUAUAUACACUUUGUGCUCUCCUUUCUGGUGGAUGGCAAUGCGCUGCUCAUUCGCAACAUUCUCGAUCGAGCUCAUCUAAUACGAGAGCUGGUCAAGGGUCUCGUCUAUGAUGAUCAGGUGACUGCCUGUGUCGUGCUCAACACAUUGCGCCAAUAUGUUCUAGAGAAUCCCAACAUAUUGAAGACAAAGAAGGUGCAUGUUUUCGAUUUGGAGUGCUGCAAACAUUUGCGACGCCUCUACGAUUGGGAAGGCCCUCAAGGACUUGUUGCCUGGUAUAGUGGUGGACGCAAGGAAGGCGAAACAGCAGGCAGUUCUGUUCCAGAGGGACGCGAAGCUGUAGCAGCAGCUGUGCAUCGGUUGCUUCUGCUGCUCUUCACCUCUCGCAAGCAUGGCAUCAGCUUUGAUGCGAUGACCAAUUAUCGCCAGAAACACAACAAGCUGCAAGGCAAAAUUCUGGGCACACUUUAUCGUCCAUAUAACGAUCCGCUUAAGAAGGAGCUUAUAUUGAAGACGCUGCAAGCCUGUCCAGAUCUGUGCAGGCAUACUGUACGAAAUUUCUCUUCAAUUGUAAAUCCCAUACGUUUGGCAGCGUCUGAUUUACCAAGUGGCAUUGAAAUGUUAGCCAGUAUCAUUGAAGCUGUGCCAUCGAGCGCUCUGUCUGUCGCCAUGGAUAAGAUGACAUUAACUGACUUUAGUUAUUGGAUCAAGGAGGUGUGCUUGCCCACCGAGGCGUUGCUGCACAUUGUAGGCAAGAAUAUGCUUCGGAGCAAGGAUUUCCAAGUAAGAAUAUCUGUGAAUCGUUUGCUUCUGGCCAUGAUGACGCAGUACAGUAACUAUGUGAGCGCCGUUGCGCUGAAGGAACAGUCGAAACGUGCGGGCAAUUCGUUGCGUAAAUUUAAGUUUGAGCUACUCAAUCAUUUGCUUAUCAAUUUCCCCCCUAUCGAGGGUAUACUGUACUCACUUUUCCUGAGUAUUCAGGAGCGAGCGUCACCAGGAGUGAAUGUACUGGAUCAUCUGUCGGUGACCCUAGAGUUGAUUUUGAUCAUGUGCAAAGAGAAUCGUGCAUUCGUUCACAAAACGAGUCAAAUUCUUGAUUAUUUGGAUGUGUUGCGUCCAUUGUAUGAGACGAACUUUGAUGAGGCGGUCGAGCAGAGCGAGAAUCAAACUGAACUCUUGAGCAAGGUUCAAAAGAUUAAGCUGGAGCUGAAGUCGAUAAAAACGAUUUUGUUGCUCUUUCCACGUUCGCUGCAUCCACAGGAGGAGCUGUUCGAGAAGGUGUUCCGAUCCUUUAUCAAGGCCUAUAUGCAGGACGACGAUUUGGCUGUUAAGACUGAGGCUGGCGAGCUGUUGCACAGUCUGCUGCAGAACACGGGCAUGUUCGAUUCAUCUAGCUAUGAGAUUGAUAUUUGGCUGGAGGCAUUAAUUGGCUUCGAUGGUCAAACUGUGGAUAAUGUGACCAGCAUUUUGCUAACCAUACUUUCACUGGAUCUGGCAGAGGUGGAGCAACUGCCCACACAGAAUGCAGCCGAGCUGGCCAGCAAUGUGGAGAAUCUGCGCAAGCUAUUCAAGCAAAUCGAACAAGGUCAAACGGUCCAGGCGUACGUGGAGACAUUGACACUGAGUAAAAUGAUGCCGUUGCUGUUGCAGGGCGUUGACAUCGAACCGCCGUAUGAUGCCUAUGUGGAGUUGGUUUUUGUGUUGCUCUAUCACUAUCACACGAAACCGGAGCAGGUGCAGCAGUUAUACAGCACACAGCUCUCGGAGCAUGAAUCAUAUAUGCAGGUCGACCAGGUUGCCAAAUUGCCUGCUGGCAUUGCUAACCAUUGGCCACAAUUGGCCCAAUUGCAGCGGGCAGUGCUGGAGUCUUCAACUGAAUCCUUUGAUCACAUAUUCAAGCCGGCAGCUACAGAUAGCGAGCACUUUGAGCUGCAGCUAGAGGAUGGAAACAAAGUGCUGCUGCAGCUUAGUCUGCGGAAUCCACAUCGUAAUAUGAUCUAUGCACACGAUUUGCUGUUUAUGCUCUGUCAGCUGGUUGAGAGCAAACAGCUGAAGGCACAGCAAGCGCAAUUGAUAGCAGAAUGCUUGAUUCGACUGCUGCAAAUAGCCAAGCAGCUAGAUGGUGGGCAGCAAGUGAAGGUACAAGAUGAGCUGGAGAAGGAGCAGCAGGAGGAGUCGCAUACACAACGCUUGCUGCAUUACAUCUAUAGCAUUCGACUAAGUCAACUGCGCGCAACUCACCUGCUCAGCGAGACAAGCGAGACGCAGCUGCAUUAUGUGAGCUGCCUGCGUCGGCUGGCCGAACAUUGUCGUAGCCUGGAGAAAUUUGAUAGCUACACUAGCUACUACAGACAGCAGCUGGUGAUUGGCUUGGAAAUAGCGCUAAAUGAUCCCGCAGCCCUGCAAUCCGCUGCACAACCGGCUCAACUGCUUGAAUGUGUUGGCCUUGUGGAUGCCUUUGAGCUGACCGCCAGCGAAUGUGCCGAAAUGUUGCGGUUGCUCACCAGCAAGCUGCAGGCGAAGGAUUACUUCAUGGCUACCGGCAAGACGAACCAUUACUAUGAGCUUAUGCUGCGUCUAUUGAGACGUCUGGCUCAGCUUGAGCAGCCCAUCGAUUGCAGUCAGUCCAUGUUGCAGCUGCAGAGCUAUUAUGGUGAAUUCUGUGAAAGAGUUCAACUCGCCGAACAACUGGAGCAGCUAGAGUCAGCGCUAUUGGAGUUCCUAAGCAGACAGCAUCAUCAUCUAGCUGGUUGCAAUGAACAAUUCUUCAAGAGCUUCUUCUCCACAUCGAAUCGCAAGCUAAGCAAAUCAGCCAUUCGACUUGCUUGUCUGCUUCUGGAACGGAAUGCGCAGCUGGCUACGACAUUUGCUCAGCUGCUGCCGGAGCAUGUGGAGCAAAAGGAGUUGAUUUAUCCAUUGUUGGAUGUUGUUUUUAAGCGCGGCUAUCAGCUGGAACAGUCGCUGCUGCAGCGUUGCUAUCAAAGCUACAAGAAUGGCAUACUCAAGAGCAUCGAGAAGCCGCAAAAGGCAGCUCUGAUCUACCGUGAGCAUGCAACAGCGAGUGCAUCGCUCAUUGCCAAAUGCAUGCCCAAAUCCGAGUGCCUGGAUUACUGUCAGAAGCAAUUGAAAUUCGAUGCAGUUGAGCUCUUCCAAAUGCGUGUCCUCAACGAGAUUUACAAUCAGGCAUAUGCAAGCAGCAAGGAUGCAGUGCAGCAGUCCAACAUCUUUGUCAGCUAUGUCAAUUUGAAUGUGCAAAUGCUGGCGCUUGAUUUGAAGAAGCAAAGUGUGCAACUGGACAAAUUGGAGCAGUUGGCAUUCCAUUGCUACGAUUGGUGGCAGCGACUGCCUCAACUGGAGCAACAGCAGUUGGAUUGGAGCCGCCUGUUGACAGCUUCCCAUUGGCUCAACUUUUGUCGCAGCUGUCUGAAGCAGGCCAUGCACAUGCCAGAGGAACAGCAUCGUACGCCCGAACAGGCGCACAUCAAUGGACUGCUGCUCAAGUUGUUGGCCUAUCUAUGCGAUCAGCUCUACCAGGAUUACGAUGAAGUGGCGGGAGAGAGUGCAGAUGCCGGUCUACUAUAUGAGAUGGCAUGCACACAUUCGUGCUGCUACGAUCAUUUGCUGGGUGAGCUGACCGAGGUAAAGACACAUUUGUUGCAGCUGCUAGAGACGUUGGCGAGGAAGGCACCGACUGCUCUGCAUAGUGCUCAUAUACCCGUCAUCCUGGGCGCCUAUCAUGCACGUUUAACCCCCGCCGAUCGCUAUGCUUUGGCACUGCUGGAGCACUAUGAACGCUUCGAUGUGGGCUUGGCGCAGUAUCGUCCGUUUAUCUGGGGCGAGAGUGCAGUGGCUCACUAUGCAUUGCGUGCCGUUGACGAGGAUGAGCGUGCCAAGCUGCAGCAGCACGAGACGAACGUGUCGCAGGUGUUGGCUCUAAUUGUGCGUCCAUCCUGUCAAUAUACCAUUGAGAACUUCCCCGUCUGGCGUAUGCUACAUGCCAGUAAACAGUUGCCUGAAUUGCAGUUCCUUAAUCCCGCAACCAAAUCGCAGAGGUUCGGUGAUAAUCUGCUCGAGCAGCGCAUCGAGCAGGGUUGCAAGCAGUUCGAGCAACAUUUGCGUCGAUUGUGUCCCAAGCGCGAGGAGAUCUACGAACACUGCUAUGAUCCAGCCUUUAUGCUGCCCUUGAUGAUGCACUGCUUUGCACCGGAGUCAGCGGUGCGGGCGCAGUGGCCUGUACAGAAUGGAUUACUCGCUGUCAGCUUUUGCGCUUUGUCGUCCUUGGAUAAGGAUAUGAGACUGGCUGCCGCCUGUUGUCAGCAGAGGUAUCGAACCCACUUCGAGCUAUCCAAGUUCUAUGAGAAACCCUUGUGGACGCAGGCUUACGACAACAUACAAUCGGGUCUGGGCGAGCUGCGUGACUCUUGGCUGGCUCAGCGUCGUGUGCAUGGUGGAACACCUCGUGUGCCUUUGAUUCCCGUGCUGUUCAUCGCACACAGCUUUAACAUAAGCACAGAUCCCUCGCACCUGCUGUACAAGCGACUCAUGAUGUAUUUGCAGCUGAAGCAGAGUUUUAACUUUCAGACCAUACCCGAAUUCAAUAUAUUCUUCUACUCCCAGGAGCCGGAGCAUCAGCAGUAUAGAGAGUUCAUUGUCCAGCUGCUGAGCAAUGGCAUCAAAUGCAGCGCUGAUCUCUUUCUGCUCGUUUCCACGAACACAUUCAAGGUGCUGCUCAGCUUCUAUGGCUCCAAUUUGGCCACACUCGACACCAAUCUGCUGCUGCUCUCUGUGCUGUCCACGUGCGUGAAAAUACCUGGCGCUGUGAAGAUUAUGAUGGAGCAUGUAGGCAUUCUAUCCUGGCUAAUGGGUGUCAUACGCGACACACAGUUCCAUCAGUUCGACAUCAUUGAGGGCAUCAUUAGCAUUGUCAAUAAUCUCUGGUAUGCUGUGGCCGCCAGCGAAUCCGAGUUGCCAGACUACACGCAUGUUCAGUUGCGCGUGCAACGUCUGGUGUUGCAGCUGCUGCCGUUGGUCUCGCCGCGCGUCUCCGUACCCGGUCUGGCACGUCUGCUCAAUGUACUGCAAAAGACCGCCGCCGCCUCCAGUGGCCAGUACCGAGCACUGUCUGGCCAGCAGCUGGAGUUGUUGCUCGACUGCGUAUCUCGUCACUGGCCGGAACACACAGAAAGUAUACGCUACUUGCGCAGCUUUGGCGGCACCUAUGCCAGUUCCCGCUCCGAGUACUGCGAUCAAUUGGCCAAUGAUGAAAAGCUGGAUACCCAUUCGGUGUUAGCUCUAUCCAGUCUGCGGCAGUACGUCAGCGACUGGUGGCAAUCGCACAACCGGCAACCGGCAUUGCCAGAUCCAGUCCAGGCCCCGGCUUCUUAGUGGCCUUUUAUAGUUAAAUCUAA